AUGACGAUGAUUCUCUUGGGGGGAAUCCCUAGGACAAUGCAAGUUUGGGGUUUGAAAUCUUUUCUGGAUGACUCUGGUGGUAAAACCAUAUCUUACUUCCAGAGUGUGUUCCGCGACCUUUCCAUGUGCAGUUCCUGCCUUCUGGCUGCUUUCCAGGCCAUCACCAUCAGUCCCAACAUUCCAAUGUGGGCAGAGCUCAAAGCCAGAGCCUUGAAGUACAUCAUUCCCUGCUGUGUUUUUUGCUGGAUCUUCAAUCUUCUAUUAGACAUUACCGUGGCUGCAUGCACAGCUAGUCCCAAGAACAGCAGCAAGGGCAGAUGGAAUGUUGGAUAUAGCUCUUUAGACCUUUAUGACAUGAAUACAAUGAAAAUUGUCAUCUGGAAGUCUGUUUAUGAAGGACUGCUGGUGGGUCUGAUGGCCAUUGCCAGUGGCUACAUGAUGCUGGUCCUGUACAGACACCACCAACGAGUCCAGCACAUUCAUAGCACCAGCUUCACCCGCAAGGGUUCAUCUGAAAGAAGAGCCACCAAAAACAUCUUGCUGCUGGUGAGCACCUACAUCUGCUUUAACACAGUCAGUUUCCCUUUUCUUAUUUAUAUGGCUCCUUCUAGGGAAACAAGACAAGGGGUGAUACAAGCCAUGGUCUUCUUUUCCCUCUGUUAUCCAGCAGUCAGCCCCUUUAUGCUGCUCAUCAACGACACCCAGAUCCAAAGGCCUUGUUAUGUUCUCUGA